GUCUGUGACAACCUUUAUUACAUUAAUCAAACUUUGUCAACUACUUGAGGAUUAUAUACAGUUUUAAACCGUAAACUCUUUCUUUUUCAUAGCUGGAUUUUGACUUAAUUUGAAGUUUUGAAUGAACAAUAAAAAUUGGAUGUUCAUAAUUAGUGUAAAACUAUAAUUUAACGAAAUAGUGUUUUAUUUUUUUUUAUUUUUUUAUUUAAUACAAUAAAAUGUUAUGCGAAGGUGGUCUACCAGAAAUUGUUGUUUCACGUAAUUUUUCCCCCAAUAAAUAUAAUUAAUGGAACUGUUGUAAACAUAAAUAGAGAGUCCACCAUAAUAAAUACAAUGCCUUCAAAUGAUUUAAGGUUUUUGGCCUGUAACAGUCUCAUAUGUCAAUUCAAAACAUUUGAAAUAGAAUUGUGACUAGAAACUAAGUAGCUUUAUUGUAGCCUACAUAUUAUUUACUUUCAAGCUUACUAGCCUAACAUCUAACUUUCAAUCUAACUUAAAAUCUAACUUUCUAACUAUUUGGUGACCUUUGGGUUCAACAGCUGCCUGCAACUCUCUCCUUACUUAAACUUUGCACCCCUCCACCAAGUGUGUUAACUAUAUGUGGUCAGUGGCUGGUCAGUAGUGAAGAACGCAUCAAGGAAAAUGGUAGCUCCUUAAUUUCAUAAAUCAUAGGAAAUGAACAGAAAUGGGAACAUGGUACCUUUAUCUCUCUAUAGCCUUUAAGUUCUUCAUUGGCAAUAUUGCUUUCAUCUUUUAUGCUUUGUUAGGGUUCACCCUUAUAACUUAUGGAGUAACUUUGUUGAAGCAGUGAGUAGCAUAAUUAUUUCUAUUGAAGAAUGUAGGUUGGUCCCAUUUUAAUUCCACAACUCAUGUGCUGGAGAAAUAUUGAAGAAUUUAGAUUUGUCACAUUUUUUUUUCACAACCCAUAAGCUGUAGAAAUAGUGAUUUCUUUAUCUAAAUAUUAAUCUAUGUUUUGAUAAGAUUGUGUGAACACCACCACAUCAUUUUAAAUCCUCCAGAUACAGGAAUAAACCAGACUUGUGUUAAUACAAGCCUUUGGGUCAAGGCUGCAUGCAAUACAAAGUGCUGAUUCUCAACAAAUGGGACUCCUGACACAAGGAACACCUCUGUCCUGGGAGGACACCAAGAAAUGGGCAGAUCAUGUCAGGAAGCAUGGCAUCAAGCAGUUCCUAGCACAGUACAAAAAGUUGAUGUCAAGGAAGAAGGAUGUGCUGUACUGGGGUGAUGAGGUAAGAUAGAAACCUUUUGAAAAGUUACCAUAUUAACCAUUAAUAACCAUAUUAAUCAAUUAAGCAUUUUAAGAACACCCACUCCCCCCCCCCCUUUCUCCCUCUCUCUCUCUCUUUUAGACUAAAAUCCCUAAUAAAGUGUCAGAUUUCAUAAUUUUCUCGCUCUCUCUCUCUCUUCUAGACUAAAAUCCCUAAUAGAGUGUCAGAUUUGCUAAUUUUAGAAAAGAAAAAAAAAUGUAUUUUAAAUGCAGUAGUUGUAUAUUAGCCUAAAUAUAAGGUAGGUCUCUCAACCUGUGAUGCUCAUCCUGUUGACUAUUCAAUGAAAAUUUUCUGCUUUUAUUUUGAUAUCAGAUUGAAUACACUCUAAUUAAGUUUGACCACACCAACAGAAAAGUGUAUGUUGCCUUAAAAGCUCAAGAUAUUCUCACGAGGCUGACAGAGAACUCAGAACAAAAUUCUAAGUAAAAUAUGUAAUCUAUUUCAUAUCCAUAGUUUAAAAAACAUAUUUUCCAGAACUUGUAUUCAUUUCAAAAUUAUGUAUAUUUUUAACAUAAUAAAAUCAAAUAAGUAAAUAUAUAUGAGCUCAUUAAUAAAAUUGUAAGUUGACUUGAAAAACAAGGUCUGUAUAUUACACAAAAAUAAGUAGGCUAUUUAUCUUUUUCACAGUCCUCCAGAAUCAACAUCAUGGCACCCGGAAUAUGCAUCAUAUCAAGUUGAAGGGACACCUGGCAAGCCUUAUGGAAGUCUCAUGGCCCAUUUUAAUACUGUAGAAGCAAAUAUGUCUCAAAGGUAAACUAAGUAACUCAUCAAAGCACAGUAUUUAUAUUUGUCUACAAAUAUUUUUAAUAACUUUAUAUAAAACUUGACAUAAAGUGAUAUGAGCUAUGUAUUUUCUUCAAUUUAAAAGAUUUAUGAUGUCCAAUGAAGACAUACAGUCAUACUUUUUAAAUAGGUAUAAUUUUUCAAUUCCUCAAUUUAGAAGAAAAGAAAUUCAAGAUCAAUUAGAAGAAGAUGAAGCUCCACUUUCACUUACAGUAUUUCCAAGGUAGUGUGAAUGGUGAAAUAUGGUCCAAAAUAUGAAUAUGGUAGGUAAUGAAAUAAUUAAUAAAAUAUAUUCAUGAAGUUUUUAAGAGAAACAAGCACAUUGUGUACUUUCUUAAUGUAUCAGUAUUUUUAUUAUGUGUAGACUUUUAAGAUAUUUUCAAAAGAUUGGUUUAUGUUAGAAAUAAGAAUAUGGUGGCAUAUUUUUUAAUUAUUCAUUUUUCCUAGACUUGGAUGUGGGACAUUUACCUGGCCCAUUGCUAAAACUAAUCCAGUAAAUGGAAUAUCAAGGUCACUGUUUUUCCCAGAUGAAGCCAUUAACCAAGGGCAUGUGAGAUUCAUGUAAAAUUGAUUUUUCAUUUUUAUUUACAGUCAGCCAAUUUUAACUGUAAACAAGUUUUUUAAUCACUGUUUUAGCUCAAUCUCCUAUACCUAUUUUUCUCCUGGUAUGUCCUGCUUCCUUUUCACAACCCGCCCUCCCCUGCUCAACAUGUUAAUAUUAAUAGUACUUAGUGAAAAAAAGCUGUCACAGAACUAGCAUCAUGCAUGACCAUUGAACUCAGGUAAAAAGGUUCAAUUUAUUCUUUGAGGGGAGGCAACUAUAAUAAUAAUCAAUAAAGAACCAUGGGAAUGGUGUAGGACUGUCUUUAGGACUGUCUGUAGGACUAUUUUUUAAAGGCUGGCAGGUAGGGUGUAGGACUGUUUAUAGGCUAGCAGGUAGGGUGUAAGACUUUCUGCAGCAUAUAUUAUAAAAAAUGAGAAGUUAACUUUUUUUUUUUUACAUUUGGAACCACCUGUUAUUUUCUCAAAAUAACCAGACCUGUUGUAAAAGAAACCGCAACCAGUUAAGCUCUAAAUUAAAAUAAUGUUUCAUUUAUAUAAUUAGGAGCGUUAAAUAAUUCCUUGCUUGUUUUUCCAAUAAUAUCCUUCAUUUACUGUUUGAUCAUAUUGUAUAUUUUAUUCUUCUAACUGUAGUAGCAGAAAUAUGUAUUUAAUUAGAAUCCUUCUAACUGUACCUAACAAUGGAGAUAAAAAUUGUAAGGCUAUUAAAGGAUGAACAAAAACAAAUGUAAAAUAUUUCACCUAAAUCCUAUAUCUUUAAAUGAAUACAAACUACGGAAGGCUUAUACAGCCACUUAAAUAUACAGUCAACACAUUCUACUUCUACAGGACUGUGACUAGAAAUUGUCGACUUCGGAGAACUGAGAAGCAGCUUAUCAAUAUACCUAGUACGUUUUUCUUUGCUUUUACCGUAAUGCCUUACAUUAUCAUUAGAUGUUGAGUAAAAUUACUAUAAUAUAAUUUAAUAAUUCACUGAAUUGAUGAUUGAUAUUAAUGGUAUGAAUGCGGUUAUUUUUGUGUGUUAGGGGGCAUUCAUACAUGACAUCACGAAAUUUCGGAAGUAGGAGUCACAUAUUUUUGAUGAUGUUUAUUAGGGUGUCUAAAUUUUGUAAUUAUGAUGUAGAGAGGGGUUAAAAAGUCCCCCAAAAUAGCGUGAUGUCAUUAAUUGAAAGCUCUCUGAUAAAAUUUCAAUCCUGUUUGAGUGAGUCAUCAGUAUCAUUGUUAAGGUAUUAUCAGUUUAAACCUAAUAUCUUGCAAUCAAUAUUCUAUUUGAUUUAAGUAUACAAAGACAUCAACACUAAAUCCCCGUUCAUAGAGGAUUUCUCAAUACUUGGAGAUGAUGGAAGUAGUGCAGCUGCUGCCAAACCUGACCACAUCUACAUGGACUGCAUGGGCUUUGGCAUGGGCAACUGUUGUCUGCAGGUCACAUUCCAGGCUUCUUGCCUAGAUGAGGCGAAAACACUCUAUGACCAGCUUGCUGUUAUGUGUCCUAUUAUGGUCAGUGUGUAAUUACCAUCACAUUCGUUUUUUAAAUGUAGUGGUGCUCAAUGUUCCCUCUAAGGUUUGUUGGUUCGUAUGCAAAAUCAUACAGUUGUGUGCAAAGUUUUACAGCAUCAAUUUUUUUGUGUGCAAAAUUCUAAAGCCCACAAACACAAACACACACUUACAUGGAAAUUUGCUGCGCGGAUACUCAAAACUGCUGCGUGUCCUCUGUGAGAUAGCUGCAUGGCCGCGCAGCCAUGUAGCUUAAAGGGAACAUUGGUGGUGCUCUAGUAUGUCUUCAUCAUAGCCACCAAACUCUAGAGAAUAAUCAUGUAUAAAUCUUGGGUUUUUUUUGGUACUAAUAAAAUGUAUUUUUAAUAAAUCCAUUUUGAUCAAUAAAAGUAGCUUACCCACAUAACUAAGCUUUACUCUUCCUUAAUACCAGUUACAUAAAUUUGUUUAACUAAGGAAUUUUGUAUGUGUUUAUAAUGAUGUUAUAUUUUCAAGCAAUGUCCAAUGGUAAUAAAUUAGUUUCUACUGACAUAAGUUUAGUUUUAUCUCUUGGGGCUUUAGUUAAAGUAUGCACACAAAUUUUUGAUCCAAUGCUUUUAAAUAUAAGUAGGCCUAUGCCUAUAAAAUCAACAUAAAACUUAGAUGGUAUAUUUUAACAUUUAUUUUGACAGCUUGCUCUAAGUGCAAGUUCCCCAGUGUACAGAGGAUAUUUGUCUGAUAAUGAUACACGUUGGCCUGUCAUGGCUGGUGCUUGUGAUGACCGGACAAAAGAAGAGCGGGGUGUGGAGGUUAAUAAAAUUGAUGAAGUGAAAGAGUGCUUGGAAGACUAGUAUUUUUAAAGAAGUUGACAUUAUUUGUUCUAAUUUUAAAGAGUAAAUACAUUGCUAACAUAAAUAAUAUAUUAUUAGUUGUUAUUUAGUUUUGAAGAUAAAAGAAGUUAGUCUAAAUAUUUUGAAGGAAAACUUUCCAAUUUAAAAACACAAGACAAAUAUUCUCUUAAAAAUUAUAAAUGGAAUUUGCUGCAUAGAUUGUAUUUUGUCCAUAAAUUUAUAAUUUUUAUGUUUAGCCACUUAAGGAGAACCAGUAUAGAAUAGCUAAAUCACGCUAUGACUCUAUAGACAGUUUUAUCUCAACUUUGGGACAACAAUACAAUGACAUCCAUUUAACUUUUAACCAAGAAAUCUUUGAGGAACUCAUAGCUGAAGGUAAAUUUACUUUAAAUUACCUUAUAUAUCAUAUCUGAAUGUUGCACUUAGUCGAAAAGGCUUUAAUUUUUUCCAAUACAACAUCAUCUCUGGUGUAGCUAGAGCACUUGCCACCUGGUGUCUGCCAUCAUGUCUGGUGCCAUGAAAGGGAAAAAUUUCACAAAAGUAUCUGGAGUUGGUCAUCUAGUACCACUCUUGCAUCCAGUGCACUGUCGUAAAGUGGAUGGUAGCAGUUCUGCCUGCUUUCCUGAAAAAAAAUAUCAAUAAGUCUUAAAAUAGCAACAAGCCCAAUCUGCUGCUAUAUGUGGUGGUGAGGCUUAAGAUGCAUGAAGGUUCAUAACCUUUGGUGCUACUUGAAAUCAUGAAAUAUUUUGUUUGCUAAAUAUUUGAGGACUCAUAAAGACCUGAAUCAGAUUAGAAAAUGCUUUCCUUUUUUUUAAAAAAGCUUUUAAUUCAUGAAAUGGUGUUGCAUUGUUGUUUUUUCUUCAACAAAUAGUGGUCCAAUCAGACAAAUAUUUUUCUUUCAAUAAAAAAAUUUGACUACCAUACUGAUUUUAUUUUCAUGAAGGUGUGGAUGAUCUUUUGGCCAGGCAUAUUGCUCACCUCUUCAUCAGAGACCCAGUCUUAGUGUUUGCUCAAAACCUGGAUCAAGAUGAUGAAAAUGACACUAAUCAUUUUGAGGUUUGUUUGAUUUUUAAUUGUUCUCUCAACUUCAACUAAACUAAAAGAAAAUUCCUCGUCUAUCUGGGACUCAGUCAGUUGCUUGUAGUGAGUGCCACUGAAACUUGUAACAGCACUGACUUUAUUGGCCAUGAUCCUAAUUAUGAAUACCUAUUGGGUACAAACACAAACAAAGAAACUUUUUAUUAAGAGUACAUUGUUUUGGUGAAUAUCACUUCUGCUUUCAUAUCCUUUGUUGUUGUAAUGGUUUGGCUGAGUAAACAUGGAUCGGAUGACGUUAAAUCAAUUGAGAGGAAAAUUAUUCAGAGUAAAUAAAUUUUAUUUUAAAAACUAUAUUAAACCUGCUUAACUUACUGGAAUCGAGUUUAGAAACAACAAACAUGAUUUUGGAACCAACCCAAAGUGGUAAAAGAAGGUGGCAACCAUGAGCAAGCUACUCUCUUAAACUAAAAUUUGAACAUAGUCCAAACUAGGAGAUGGUGUAUNAUAUAUAUAUGUAUAAUUAUGUCCAUUUAUUGGUUAAACUUUAAAAAAUUGAAAUGAGUUGAUGAUAGCCCUUUCUUAAAAACUUAUUUUAAAUACACUCUUAUUUAUUAACACUUUUUAUAUAUUUAAUUUCUUGGGAGUGGCUUAAUUUUCAGAAUAUUCAAUCCACAAAUUGGCAGACUAUGAGAUUCAAACCGCCACCGCCUAACUCAAACAUUGGCUGGAGAGUGGAGUUUAGACCAAUGGAGG